CUGUAGGUCAUUGUGUUAACAAACUUUAGCAACUGAGACGCGCCCAGGCAGAAAUGGGAAUAAUCAAAAUAGUUUUUCAGGCUGAAUUCUCUUGAAACUGCACUCAAGAAAAUUUUAAGCUCUUAAACCAUUGGCAAAAACAGUAAUGGGGGAUUAUCUUCCGCCCAAUCCCUUGACAAAAGACAAAGGUGGUAUAUGGGCUCGAGGGGACAAAAAUGGUACAAUAGCUUCAGUUUUUGAUCAGCAUCCCUCGUUUUGCGGUCUUUCUUCAAGUUUAGAUACACCCAACAUAACUCUAACGAGCGAACUACUUUUGAAUCGUGGGUUAUUUAAAGAUCCACAAUGUAUUUGCGAAGUUGAUGUGUCUUGUUUGGGGUUGGAGGACCUGGAGCCUGACCUACACCUAAAAUUCACCUCCCUGAGAAAACUAGUUGCUGCUGAUAACGCUCUUUCUUUAGAAUGUUUUAAGAAUUUUAAUGAGUUGGUGGAACUGGAUCUUUCGCUGAACCAAAUUAAUUCACUAUCGCGUUAUUCGCAUGAAUUUGACAGUUUACAUUAUCUGAAUUUAUCAUAUAAUUUUCUCCAAUCUGCGGAUAUUGAAAAACUCGGUUAUUUGCCAUCUUUACGUAUUUUGUAUUUAAGUGGAAACGAUCUUCGUAAAUUACCACCGGACUUGUCAGAAACAGGUUUAACCUCGGAUGAACAUAUUGUGUUCAAAUUUGCAAAAUUAGAAAUUCUCCAUUUGGAUGAUAAUAAGCUUUCAGAUGCACAAGAUUUUGCCAGUUUAGGCACUCUCCCAAGGUUGACAUAUUUAAAUUUGGCAAAUAACAGAUUUACUACUGUACCAUUAUUAAAGUCAACACUAUUAAAAAAACGUCAGAUUAAUGAAACUCAGAAUAAUUCUACAAUCAAAAAUACACCGUUUUUAAAAUCUACCAGUCUAAAUGAAACUACUCAACAGGAUAGCUUAUUGAUUAGUUAUAAUGAGCAGUCUGAAGAUAAUGAGAGUUUAGUGAUAAAUGGAAGAUGCAUGAAGACUUCAUAUCAUCAUAAAUGGAAUUCUUAUAAUUCAUCUGAUUCCAACAAAAAACAAUUAACAAACAAUUUGUGUAAGAUAGUGAAUAAACAGUCUUUGGAAAAACCAAAUAAUUUGUCUUCUCUUACAGGAAAGGGGUCUCGGGAACAACAACGAAAUAUAACAAACUAUUCCCUAUCACUAGAUGAGCAUAGAAAUCCAAAUGCUCCACGUGUACGCAUAGUAGACGAAUUUCUUGGUUUAUAUAAUUUAAACAAAUUAUUUCCUUUAAUUUAUGAGAAACAAACAAAAUAUAAUCAUCAAAGUGGUUGUGGGUCUAUUCAAUCAGGUCCUGACAUUCAUGUGCACAAAUCAAAUUCACGUUUACUAUUAACAGCUAAUGAAAAAUCUACCCUUGAUCAGACUUUUACAACAGAUGAAUUGGUCUUAUUGGACAAUGAACAAAAAUCUGAUAUUCAAUCGAAAACUGUACCACCACCAUUUCAAUCUCUUCAGUCUAUUGAUUUGUCUCAUAAUAAGAUAUCCUGUGAAGAACACCUAUUACCUAUUGCUGUAUGGCCAAAAUUAAGAGAAUGUAUAAUCUAUGCCAAUCCUGUCAUAAGUAAAUCAUCUAGAAUUCCUCCAUUACUUGAACGUUUAUUAAUACAACAAUUACAUAUUAAUCUAUAUCGAAAUCCAAUUGAUAAUCCGAAUUUAUUUAAAAUGAAGAAUACCAGUUUAUUGGAAAGAAAUGAACUGACUAACUGUGUACAACAUUUAUCACUUAAACAAAAUCAAAAUUUUGGGAAUAAUGAAAUCACUACCGUUAGUAGUGGUACUAGUACAAAGAACAGUUUAUCUCAUAAAAACAUUUCAAAACAUAGAAAGGUAUUGAAUAAAGAUAAAGAGGGUAUAUCAUAUCAUUCCAGUAUAAAACCAUUUGUUAUUCGAUAUAAGUUAGACAAACCAAGUUUAGAUUUAGGUCCAAAGAUGAUUAAAUGCAAUGUGAACCAAAUAUUAGAUGAAAUGAAAAAAUUAAAUCAAACAAACUUAGUUAAUUCGUCACCAUUAUCAUCACCACCAACUACAACGGUAACAUCCAUAGCAUCAGUUACAUUGUCAAACUUAUCUAAUUCACCAACCUUAAAUGAUUCGUUUAAAGAUAAUUCCUCAAUGUACAAUAAUUCACGUAGAAUUCCACAUCCUGUACCUACUAUUGAGAGAUACAAAACUUUUAUUAAAAAUGAUUCAGAAAAAUUAGAUCAAAACUUAUCAGAAUUUUUGUCAAAUCUUCAAUGUGACGAACAGAUUGAAGAAGAAAAUGAAGAUAUGAAUAACUUUUUUACAACUCAAUUAUCAUCAAUAAACGUAACAGAUCCAACAAAACAUCAUACUUCAAAAUUGAAUCAUUCAAAUCAUUCUGAUUAUAUUCCCUUUCAUCAACAAAAUAAUAAUGAAAAUGAUAAUAAUCAAUCCAAUGAACAGUAUGAGGAUAAAACACCAACUAAAUGUUUAACAACUUCAGGACCAUUAUUAUCUAAUUUAGAAUGGAUUAUUGAUGAAAAAAAUCUUCCAAAUAGUAUGCAAGCAUGUUUAAGAGAGUUACGAUAUCUUUUACAACAUAAACCUACAAUUCAUCCAUAUAUUCAUCAAAAUAUCGUCCGUUCACCAUUAACACUGCCUGGAGAUAAUCAUCAGCCUAUAGAGUAUCCAAUAGCAUCGACAUCUUCGUCAUCCAAGUUGAUAGAAGAUGUAGUCAAUUCUAAAGUUCAAGUUUCUUCAGAAAAAUCAUGUAAUCAAGUAUCACCUAAGAAUAAAAUAUCUUCAAGAAAUACUUCAUUAUCAUCGAUGAAAUUGGUUCCUGUUUGCAAUGAUUUAGAAAUUCUUCCAUCAAAACUUAAUUUAAAUCAAUUUAUGGGUUUCACUGAAAUACCAUUAACAAAAGCUUUGAAAGAUGAAGAAAUUCAAAAGAGACAAUUGGAGAAAAUAAAAGCUAAACAAAAUCCUCUUGUUAGAAAUUUGAAAUUAGUAAAGAAUAGUAAUCAACCAAAACGUGCAAAAUCAAAAGGACCCAAAGAAUUAUUUGAACAAAUUCAAGUAAUCUAUUCAAAUGUACGUGAACAAGCAAUUACCAAAGCAUUGGAUACAAUAAAUCAGGAUUUUGAUAAGAAAACUGAACAAAUUUGUCAAAAUAUUUAAAUGUUUUUAUAUCACAUUAAACAUAUUUUUAAUUAUAUAUAUUAUAAUGAUUAUGCUUUACGAAACGUUGGAAUUAUUUAAAUUUCAAUCGCUGAGACUAUUUCAAAUAUAAUUUUUUCACAU